GUCACACACUCACAUUUGUAUUCCACUCAUCCAAAAUUAUCGCUUCUUUGAGACCACGAACGGCCGGUCCGACCAGAUGGAACCCCAUUGACCGACCACUGCCCAAUCAGGACAGAAGAGAACCAAAGACUUCAACAAAAUAGUAGAAGAAUUUAUUUUCAUUAUUUAAUUAACAGCUAUAAAUUAAUAUAAAUUUCAGGAUUUGGUCUUUCCAAUAAAAACCAUAGUUUUCCUUCCAGUCAGAUCGAAAGAACACCCAAGUGGUUGCUCUUCACAUGAAACAUGGGGCAACCUUUAAUACAUACUCUCUCAGAUCCAUGAUGGUUUCAGGGUUUGUGGUGGAUUUUAGUGAAAAUUGGCUCCUGAAGUAGUGAUUGGAAUUUAGGGUUUUUUGGGUUCUAGAAAGAUGGGGGAGAAGUUUUGGUUGAAUGAAGAGGAAAAGUCUAUGGUGGAAGCUGUGUUGGGAACAGAGGCCUAUGGAUUCUUGGUUUCGUUGGCUUCCGAUGUUGUUUCAUCAGAGUUUGUUUCGCGGGCUGCUGCUGAUUUGGGUGUGCAGCAAGGACUUCGUCAGAUUGUUGAGGGGUCCAAUUGGACUUAUGCCAUUCUCUGGCAGGCCUCGAGGUCCAAAUCCGGCCGUUCAGCCUUGAUUUGGGGUGACGGGCACUGUUGUGGACCAAAGGGCAGUGAAGUUGGGAAUGGGAAUUGUGCUGGAGAUCGGGAAGUGGAGAAAGGAGAUCGAAAGAAACGGGUAUUGCAGAAGCUCCACGCGUGUUUUGGUGGAUCUGAGGAAGAUAACUAUGCUGUGAAUUUAGAUUUGGUUUCAGACGUGGAGAUGUUUUAUCUCACAUCCAUGUAUUAUUGUUUUCCAUUUGAUAAGCCCUCUACUCCUGCUCAGUCAUUUAGUUCUGGUAGAUCAAUUUGGGUUUCAGAUGCACAAGGUUGUUUAGUACAUUACCAAUCAAGAUCCUUUUUAGCAAAGUUGGCUCAACUCGAGACGGUUGUUUUUGUUCCAGUAAAGUCAGGGGUAUUGGAGAUUGGUUCAGUCAAGUCUGUUCCUGAAGAACAAAAUGUGAUUCAAAUGGCCAAAACUAUAUUUGGGGAAUCUACUUCCAUGCAGGCGAAGGCAUUGCCAAAGAUAUUUGGGCAUGAACUUAGUCUUGGUGGUGCAAAGUCACGACCAAUCAGCAUAAAUUUUUCUCCCAAGGUAGAAGAUGAAUCAGGGUUCUCAUCAGAAACUUUUGAAUUGCAAGCGAUGGGUACCAAUCAAGUUUAUGGAAAUUCUUCUAAUGGAUGUCGAAGUGAUGAUAAUGAAGCGAAACUUUUUCCGCAGAUGAAUCAAGUAAUUGUUGGGGGUUUGAGUUCACAAUCACUGGUUUCUGGUCUAGAACAGGGUAAAGAUGACUUGUUGAUUCAGCCUGAUGAGCGGAAACCUAGAAAGAGAGGGAGAAAGCCUGCCAAUGGAAGAGAGGAAGCGUUGAAUCAUGUGGAAGCAGAGAGGCAGAGGCGAGAAAAGCUCAACCAGCGAUUUUAUGCAUUAAGAGCUGUUGUCCCUAAUAUCUCUAAGAUGGACAAGGCCUCUCUGCUUGGUGAUGCUAUUACAUACAUCACUGAUCUUCAGAUGAAGAUCAAAAUCAUGGAAACUGAAAAGGACAUGAUUAACAGUAAUCGAAAGCACUGCACCAUUCCGGAGUUUGAUUUUCAGGAUAGGCAGGAAGAUGCAGUUGUACGAGUGAGCUCCCCUCUGGAUGCACACCCUGUUUCUGGUGUGAUAAAGACAUUUAGGGAACACCAAGUUAUCCCUCAAGAGUCUAAAGUUUCCAUAACAGACAACGGUGAGGUUAUCCAUACAUUCUCUAUCAAAACUCAAGGUGGUGAUGCCGAACAUUUGAAAGAGAAGCUGGCUGCCGCCCUUUCAAAAUGAUCAAGCUGUAAAGUUGUAAGAUAGAAUAUCAAUGUAUGUUUUGUGUGUCUCUUUGUAGAAAAAUGGGAAUAUCCUUGUACAACACUGGGGCUACCUUCUUGUUGUUGCCCAAUCAUUAGUGUCUGUAUUUGUUUCAAUGAUAUAUUUUUUUUCAGACUUCA